AUGUUCUUCAACGAUUACGUUCGAGGGAGACUGACUUCUCUCUUGCAGCCAUGGCUGAUAGAUGAACCGGACCUCGAAUUGAAGCUAGGGCUCUUACGUUCUGAUGCUACGCUCAAGAACAUUAACUUCCGCACUUCCGCGCUCAACCAAUUGCUCGACGAUUCCUCUUGCUACCGCUUCACAGAAGUGACUGUUCGAGAAUUGAGCCUUCGGUUUUCGUACUGGUCUUUUCCCGCCAUCAGUCUUCUAGUCCAUGGUUUUCACUUCAAGAUAUCCUUGGGGGAAGACGAGGCGGAGGAUAGAUCAGGAAAUGUUAGCUUAAAGAGGAAGACUAGGGAUCCUUCUGUGGAGGAAAAGAGGAGAGUUCUCGCUGAGAUUGAUCCUGAGGGUAGUGCUUUACAUGAUGCUGUUGAGAAGAUCUCGAAGGUUAAUGUCGGAAAUUGGAGAGACAAUUUACUCUCUACGGUUUUUAGAUAUAGUCAGUUGCAGAUGGAUGACAUUCAUGUUACCCUGGCUCCUCCUAGUCCUUAUGAUUCUGUUUCAUGCUUACUGGAGAUCAAGGAAGUUGGUGUGAAGUCUGACUAUAUUCAACAGGCUUGUUUUCUUGGAGGGUUGAUUAGUUCAUUUUUAGCAACUUCUCAAGCUUUCUCUCUUAACCUUCACACUAGAGAUUUUACAAUAGUUUUUUUGAGAGAGAGCCACAUCAAUUAUGUUGUUUCUCCCAUAAAUCUGUUUGUUUCAAUCAAAAUGGAAAAUCUUCAGUUCUCAAAUUCUAUUUUUAACCUUCCAUCACUGUACUUUUCCUUUACUCCAGAAGAUCUUUCUUUGAUAUCGCUAUUCUUGUCAUUUGCAAGCAAGGAAUCCAAGUGUGCUAGAAGUGGUAGGCAUCUUUGGAGAAUUGCUGCAAGCAGAAUCAGCUAUUUGACUCAUAGUCCUAAACUUUCAUGGAACAGAGUUGCAAGCUCUAUAACACUUUGGCAAAAUUAUUUGCACACUUACGAGAAAAUGCUUUUGAUCAUUGGAUACCCUGCAGGGGACAUAGUUAAAGAAUCUUUCACUAAGAUGUUCUCUGACAGAAAGUUUUCGAGGUCCGUUAAGCACCAUUGGUAUGUACUCUCUGAAUGCGAGGUGGAGCUGCCUUCCGAAGCUAUUGCACAAGCACGGCGAAUAACACGCCAUAGAGUAUCAAAAAGGAGUCCAUUGGAAAAGCAGGCUGAUCCAUUUAAAGGAAAUUUAUGGAAGGUUUUUCAUGUCUUUUCCCUUUGUUGGGUGGUGAUUUUGAAGGUCUUGCAACAUUUAAUAAAAGGAAUGCUUUAUUUGCUUCGUUUUGUUGCCCGUUUGCAUGGUCCGCCAAAGAAUAUUGAACAGCUCUGGGGUUUAUGUGAUGCUUCUUUUCCAAAAAGCUGCUUCUAUCUGAAUGUAGGAAUAAUCUCAAUUUCACUCUUUCCAGAGAAGGAAAUUUUGCCUAAUAUUGCUGGGAUAUCGCCCUCAGCGUUUAAAGUUUUGUAUGAUGGUUUAGUUUCUUUUCACAUUUCAUUUGAUGCUUUUCUGCUACAAUCUCAUCAGAAUUUUUCUGAUCGCCAUAUGAUAUUUUCCUGCGCAUGUAUAAAGGUCGCUACUUCUGUUAUGGAGGAUGAGAAUGAUCCUAGUCACCAGAAGUUAAGGGGACAGCAGAAGAAGAUAAACCCUGAGGCACAGGUUAUUUUAUGGUGUGAACCUGCUCAACGAGUUGAAUUAGUAAACGAUGGUUAUGGUACUGGACUAGAUUCGAUCCCACUUCUGGAAUUGCUGGUCCGACAAAUGUGGUUGAAUUGGAAAAAAUCUUGCACUAAAUUAGAAAGAAAUGAUUUCAGAAUUUCAGAAGCACCCUGCAUUCUUUUUGAGAGUAACUUUCAUUUGAUCGAUGAGAAAGCCGAGAGUCCUAAGUCUGGAUUUCAUGAAGCGGCGGUGGUGGUUGGAAGAUUGAACUUCGUUAUAGGUAACACAGCAAUAUUGUCACUUGCUGUACUUUAUAGACAGAUACAGCGGGCUCUUUGGGGAUCAGAUUACGGAAAGGAUACCAAUUUGGUUUGGCCCACUUCUACUUCCCACGAAAACCUAAUCGUGGUUGAUUCAGAAGGAGAAUGGAAAUCUGUUUUUAGCACAAUUGAAACAAGAAUUUGUAAAAUGAUUCCAGAAAAGAACAUUCAGAUUGGGGUAAUGAUUUCUGGCCCCAGAUUUAGAUUAUUGGUUAGAAAGGAGAAGUCAGUUGGGGGAGAUGGGGACUUGUAUCCUGAAAGCAGGAAGGACGAAUUGGAGCUUUCAUCUGAUCUUGAGGAUACUAUGUUUGUUAUCUCGCCAAAUUCAAUUACUAGAUUAUCAGAACCAAGUUGGGAUACUAAAUCUUGUGAUGAGCAAUUUAGUAGCCUUAGAGUAGAGGAGCCUGAUAAUAUUGAGAUGUCUAAACCAACUAAUGAAAUUUACAGCUGUCAUGGAUGUCUUUUACUCAAUGCAUACCUGAAAUUUAAUGGAAUGAAAGCUUACCUUGGUGGAUUAUCUGGUGUACCAGGCAAAGAACUUUUGAUUCUAAGUGCAAUAACCAGUUGCUCAUCAUUUUCAAGGAAGGAUCAUCAUUCAUUUGGUUCAACUUCUGUAGCAACCUCUGCAACUGUGAAUUGGAUAGCAUCUGGAUUCACUACUGUUCUGUUUCUGGAUGAAUUAUCUGCUUUGGUUGAGGUGGUCUCAAAUUUAUAUAACCUCGUCUUACAAGUAUUCACCUUCUUUGGCUCAAAUGACCUAAGGUUUCUAGAACUACCAAGAGAAAACUGUACAGUAUCCUCAUCAAGAAGUGGUGAAAUAUGUGAAAAUGGUGGAAAAUGGAUAUGUCCUGUUCCUAUACAGUCCUCAUUUGGUUUGGAAAUUAUCUUUGAGCUUAAUUCUAUAGAUGUAGUUCUCGAUCAUUCCAGGAAAAACCAUAAUGGGGACAACUACAUGAUACAAGCUCAUGAGUUGACUAGCCAGAAGCUAACAGCCACCACUGUGCUUAAUUGUGGUAUUCAUUUUUCCAUUCAGCUGGCACGUGGACGAUUUUGUUUUGGUGAUGGAGUUGUGGAACAUCUGAUAGACUUGUCUGUUAUUCGAUGUGUCAUAGUCAGACAUCCGAUUAAGACUGCAGUGACAGCCAAUCAAAUGUCCAUUAAAAAUCUGCUGCAUAGUAUGAAAUGUUUGUGCGAAGCAUCCUUGUCCAGUUGCAAAUUUUAUUUGUCUGUGAGGACUUCUGAGCAACCCUCAGGUCGCGGUUGUUGGGGAAGUGAAGCUGAUGCUUCUACUUCAUGUGAUAGCCCAUGCUUGUCAGAAAAUUUCUAUGCUGCGAUGAAAAUAAAAGGAUCCAGGAAUGAUUCUCUUAAUUGGCUCAUUGCAAAUAUUGAUUUAGGUGAAAUAUAUUUGGCUGAAGCGACAGUAAAGAAAAUGAUAGUCAAAAGGCACAAAACUAACAAUCUGAAUGCAUCUGUCUCCGCUGGUGAAAAAUUUCAGACUGUGUGUUGCAAAUCUGAGGGGGGAGCAAUUUUUCUUGAGACAGAAGCAUUGCUGAUAUUUGUUCAGUGCCUGACUCUGUAUUCCCGUCUUACACAAGCUAUGCUACCAUCUGCACCACCUGCAGAGAAACCCUUAGUUCCCAAACAUGAUGACACUGUGGAAACUUCUGAAAACAAGUCUACACAAGAUUUUCAGCAACUCGUAAAGAACAACUGGCGACAUGUGGAAACAUUUUGCAUAAAUCUUACACAAUUUACGCUCGCUGUUGUUUCUAGAGAUGAAUUUGGAAGGUCUCAGGAACUUCUGUUUGAGGCAAAUGCUCAAUUAGAUCUUGAAGUCUCAAAUAUGCUAAGAAAAGUUUCCUUUGGGAUUCCAAAGUUCUCCAUUCUUUCACGGGUUCUGCAUGAAACAGCAGAACAAAAAUAUGCGGAAAUUCAAGUGUCUCAUUUUUCUUCUGCCACAUGCAAUGAAGAUUCUCCUUCCAAUGUGGUUGGAGGUCUUUCACUUGUUGUAGAGAAUGAGAAUGACAUACAUCAUCUACCUCAUGGUUCAAGUUCUACAAGAGUUUUGGCUCCUCAAAAUGAACCUUUUGGUGGUGAAUUGGAGGAUCUACACAUCAAUGGUAGCCGAUCCACUGUUGUGCAGUUAAGUCCUCAAAGCUAUAUAUUGAAAGAGCUAUGUGUAGCCGUAGUAGCUGAGUGGUCCACAGAAAUGGAUGGAGGGCAACCUUGGUAUUUAAAUCAACUUUGGCUGGGUGAUGGUUCUAUUACUGGUCUUGAAAUGAAUCUUUCUCUGACACAGUUACAGGUGAUUCUCUCAGUUGUUGAAUCUUUAUCGACCGCUUUUACUGCUGAGAAAAGGAGUAAUUCCAUACGGCCGCAAAUUUCCAAAAACCAAGAAUCUGAAGAAAAUGCGCGGGGGCAAGUUCCUGAUGGAAUAGUUGUAGCAAUUGAAGAUGUCUAUCAACAUACAUUUAUUGCAACUGAAGCUGCAGGAACUGGCUAUGAGUUAGUUGGAACAGUUCAUUAUUCGCUUGUUGGGGAAAAAGCUCUUUUCAGGGUGAAGCAUCAUAACACAGGAAGAUGGAAGCCACGAAUUCAAUAUUUCUCUUUGAUCUCGUUGUAUGCUAAAGAUGCCUCUGGGGAGCCAUUAAGAUUGAGUAGCCAAUCGAGAUCCGACUUUGUUGGUGUUUCGGUCUCAACUGACACUCCACGGGCACUUUGGAGUACAAUACCUUACAGACCUGAGACUUACAGUGGCCAUUCUGAUUGGGAAUCGGAUUCCUUUUCCAUUAAAAAUACGUUUUACCUAGUGAACAAAAAGAAUGAUCAAUCAGUAGCUUUCCAUGAUGGUGUCCUGGAAUUUGUCAGCAAGCCUGGAAAUCUCUUUAAAUGGAAAUUUUUCCAUGAGAUGCUUCCACCCGGUAAUAGUUUGCCGUUAACUAGCAGUUUACUGGGAACUGCAGGGCCAGCUAUUCGGAAUGAUUUGCAGGUAAAUGAUAAUAGAGAGUUGAGAAAUGGUUCGAGCAAGCGCGGAAUUACAAUUGUAGUAAACAAGGCUACACUGACCAUUGUUCAUGAACUCUCGGACACAACAGAAAAGUUUCCACUCCUCCAAGUAUCUAUUAAUUCUACUGAAUUCAUCAUACAGAUAUCCGAGAGAAAAGCCAGGUUUAUGACCUGGCUAGAGAUGAUGUUGCUUUACUUCGAUUCCCAGAGAAACCUGUGGAGAGAACUUGUCAGUCCACUUGAAAUUUGCAUUUUUUUCCGCUAUCGGUUCCUCAUCCAGGGUCCAGAAAAUGUAUUUUGUGGAGUGCCUGGUCAUUUUUUUGCUAAAAUCAAAGAGUUAAACAUAUCGCUGAGUGAGCUGUCACUGGAUGUCCUCCUUUUUGUGAUUGGGAAACUGAAACUCGCAGGCCCUUUUGCAGUAAGGAGUAAUGUUAUCUUCGCCAAUUGCUGCAAGAUUGAGAACAAGUCUGGCUUAACAUUGUUAUGUCAGUUCUACGAUGGCCAGCAUGUUACAGUAGCUGGAAGACAAACUAAUGUGAUUUGUCUCAGGCAUGUAGCUUUACCAACUCGACCUCCUGAAGCAUCAUUCUUUUCAAUCCAGCUUGCAGACAAAGGGCUAUCUACUUAUCUAAUUCAUCUUUCACUUCUUGAAGCUGCAGCAUUUACUUGGAGAGCACGACUAGUCUCACCACAAGAAUCAAAAACCUUCCCAGGGCCAUUUGUUGUUGUUGAAGUUUCGCAAAAGAACGAGGAUGGUUUGUCAAUUGUUGUCUCUCCUUUGUUGAGAAUACACAAUGAAACCGAUUUUUCGCUGGAGCUUCGUUUUCAGAGACCACAGGGAAAGGAAACCGAGUUUGCGUCCUUAGUUUUGAAAGCAGGGGAAUCUAUUGACGAUUCUAUGGCUACAUUUGGGGGAACUACUUCAACAGGUGGAAUCAAAAAAGCAUUCACGUCCCUUAGUAUUGGCAAUUUCCUGUUCUCUUUUAGGCCUACAAUUGCAGAUAACUUGCUGCAUGUUAAUGCUUCUUCUGUGGAGUGGUCUGAUGAACUUAAAGGUGGAAAACCUGUGCCUUUGUCGGGUAUAUUUGAAAAAUUAAGUUACCAAGUCCGGGCAGCAUUGGCUGUUGAAUCAGUGAAGAAUUCGUUUAGUACUGCACAUUGUUCAGUGAGAUUAGAAGGUGGACGAAUUGGUGACAUAUAUUUUCUCAUCCAAAGCAUUGGAAAAGAUGUUCCAGUCAUCAAACCGGAUAACAUGGGAUAUGUCUCAGCUGACAAAAAUCCUCCCAUUGCUCUGCAAGAACAGAAAGAAAUAUUUCUCUGUCCUACUGUUCAUGUCACUAACUCAUUGGAAAUGGAUAUACAUGUCAAUUUAACGGAUUCAGUUCCACAAGGCACGACAAAUCAUGACAACCUAUACAGAGAAGCUAACAUUCCAUGUGGAUCAGAUGUAAACUUUUAUGCCAAUCCUUCCAAUAUAUUCUUUACGGUUACUCUGACUGCCUUUGAUUCAAGUUGCAAACCAGUCAGUAGUAGUCUCUGGGCUAAAAAGUUGCAGAAGCAAAAAAAGAAUGCUGAUCAUCUAGACAUUGAGUUGGAUUUUGGUGGUGGAAAAUAUUUCGCAUAUUUAAGAUUAUCUCGGGGACAAAGAGGAAUUUUGGAGGCUGCCAUCUACACCCCUUACACAUUGAGAAAUGAUACUGAAAAUGCUCUCUACUGCUUUGGAGGCAACCAGAAGCCUCCAUCCAGAGAUGAAGUUACAAAGUUUGGUUCAAGAUUUCCUCCAGAGCUAGGUGUUUAUUUGCCCCCAAACUCUAGAAGAUCAUGGCUGAUAAAAUACCCCAAGGUCUGGGUUAAACUUGUGGAAGAGCAAGCAUUUGAGGCACUUCUGAACUUGGAUUCUUUGUCACGCUUUGCACAGAUAGAUCUUGAAGCUGAAGAAAAAGGCUCUAAAGAGGUCACAAAGCUGGGAAUCUCCUUAAAACCAUCUUCAGUUGAAACAGUCCCAUCGCUGAUAGUAUCUAUCAGCCCUCGGCAUGUUGUUUUGAAUAAAUCAGAAGAACUGAUCUUUGUCCGUCAAUGUUAUCUGGAGGAUGACAGGGUAAUUACAGUUAACAGCAAACAGAGAACAGCCCUUAAGUUGCAGAACAGACCAAGAAAAAAUGGAGAAACUACUGUUUUUGAGAAUCUUCUCAGAAAGCAUUCAAAACCUCUUGAUGAUCAUAAUUUGUUCAUUCAAUUUCGUUUAAAUGAUUCCAACUCUUGUUGGUCGGGACCAGUGUGCGUUGCCUCCCUUGGACGGUUUUUCUUGAAAUUUAGAGGAUACUUGUUGGACACUGCAAGCGAAUUAAAUGGCUUGAUGCCUGAUCAUCCAAAUUUAUGUAAAUUUGCCUUGGUUCAUGUGGUAGAAGAAGAUUCUACCCUUGUAUUGCAAUUUCAGAGGUCACCUAAUGUGGAGAUGCCUUAUCGGAUUGAGAAUUGCUUACGGAAUACUCCUGUGACAUAUUACCAAAAGGGUUCAUCGCAGCCAGAUAUUUUGGGAUCUUGUUGCAGUGUUGAUUAUGUAUGGGAUGACCUGACUCUUCCGCAUAAGCUGGUUGUGCAAUUAGAUGAUAUCCAUCUAUUGCGGGAAAUCAAUUUGGAUAAAGUGCAUGCCUGGAAACCAUUUUACAGAGCCUACCAACGAAGAGGAAUGGGAUUGCAGUUCCCAGUGGAAGUUAAAUCUGGAGAGAACAAGAAGAAUGGUUAUGUUCAGUUAAUUAGCACAGAGACAAUGAAGUUGGGUUAUGAAGUAUAUGCAGAAGGACUUACCCGAGUUCUGAGAAUAUGUGAAUUUUCUGAUAGACAUCAGGGCAGUACCGUGUUAUACUCCAGCACUAAACUACGAUUUGGAAUUUCUUACUUUGCACUGCAAUUGUUGGAAUUUGCAAAAAAGGACGAAGAUGUUGGUGAUGCUCUGAUUUACCAACCCAUCAUUAUCAUCCGGCUUGAAAACAUUCAUAUGUAUUCCAUGGUUACCGACCAGCACAAUGUCAAUGACUUCACUGUGAAGUCGUUGACUGUGGAAGAGAAGAGGGUGGGAGCUCCUUUUGCAGCUAUGCUGCGUAAGCAUCAAUCUCAUGCCAAUGACACUAACGAUUGCAUGCUCCAAGUGGUGCUUGUUCUACUUUCAUCAGGUUCUGCAGUUACACAUAUCAAAUAUUUAUCAAUCAUCUUGCAGCCACUUGAUUUGAAUCUGGAUGAGGAAACCCUCAUGGGAAUUGUUCCGUUUUGGAGGAAAUCACUUAGCGACCCAAAUGCUCCAAGUCGGCAGUAUUAUUUUGAUCAUUUUGAGAUUCACCCUAUAAAGAUAGUGGCAAGCUUUCUUCCAGUGGACAUGUACUCCAGUUACACCUCCACACAGGAGAUGCUAAGAUCCCUGCUUCAUAGUGUUAUUAAGAUUCCUACCAUAAAGAAUAAGACCAUGGAGCUCAAUGGAGUACUUGUCACGCAUGCUUUAAUAACCUUGCGUGAAUUAUCAAUUAAAUGUGCUCAACAUUACUCGUGGUACACUCUGAGGGCAAUAUACAUUGCAAAGGGAAGCCCCCUGCUUCCACCUUCUUUUGCAUCUAUGUUCGAUGACUUCUCUUCAUCGUCUCUCGAUGUGUUUUUUGAUCCUUCAAGUGGCAUGAUCAAUCUUCCUGGUCUUACUAUGGGUACAUUUAAAUUUAUCAAGAAAUGCAUUGAUGCUAAAGGGUUCUCUGGAACAAAGCGUUAUUUUGGUGAUCUGGAGAAAACAUUACAAAAGGCGGGAUCGAAUAUAUUAUUUGCAGCCGUCACAGAAGUAUCAGACUCAGUCUUAAAGGGAGCUGAAACAAAUGGUUUCAAUGGAAUGAUGCGUGGAUUUCGCCAAGGAAUUUUGAACCUAGCAAUGGAGCCAUCCUUGCUGGGAAGUGCACUUAUGGAAGGUGGGCCGGAUCGGAAAAUUUUGCUUGAUCGAGCCCCUGGUGUUGAUGAGUUAUAUAUCGAAGGUUACUUGCAAGCUUUAUUGGACGCGUUAUAUAAACAAGAAUAUCUCCGAGUGCGAGUCAUUGACAACCAGGUUAUACUAAAGAACCUUCCUCCAAAUAGCUCACUUAUAAAUGAAAUUGUAGAACGUGUAAAAGGAUUUCUUGUGAGCCGGGCGUUGUUAAAGGGAGAUUCAACAACUGCUCAUUCUUUUCGCCGCAUUCGAGGGGAAAACGAAUGGAGAAUUGGACCAACGGUGCUUACCCUGUUUGAACACCUAUUUGUAAGUUUUGCAAUUCGUAUAUUAAGAAAGCAAGCUGGAAGGGUCAUGGCGAGAGUAAAUUUGAAAGAGAAAUCAGGGUCUGAAAAUCAGAAAUCUAUUGUUCCUAUGUUCAGUGGUGUGGAGCAGAAACUGAAUCUUGUUUGGAGAUUUGGGAUUGGGAAGUUCAUUUUGUCAGGUAUAGUAGCUUAUAUUGAUGGGCGCUUAUGUCGUAGUAUUCCGAAUCCCAUUGCACGAAGGGUGGUAAGUGGAUUUUUGUUGAGUUUCCUUGACAAAGAUGAAAAGGAAUAG